AUGGGCAACUUGAAGAGCGUGGGCCAGGAGCCUGGACCACCCUGCGGCCUGGGGCUGGGGCUGGGCCUUGGGCUGUGUGGCAAGCAGGGCCCAGCCUCCCCGGUGGCAUCAGAGCCCAGCCGGGCACCCGCACCCACAUCCGCACCCACACCCCUGCCUGCGCCAGACCACAGCCUUCCGCUUGCCCGGCCCCCGCAGGGGCCCAAGUUCCCUCGUGUGAAGAACUGGGAGGUGGGGAGCAUCACCUACGACACGCUGAGUGCCCAGUCCCAGCAGGAUGGGCCCUGCACGCCAAGACGCUGCCUGGGCUCUCUGGUAUUUCCACGGAAACUGCAGAGCCGGCCAUCCCAGGGCCCUCUACCUCCUGAGCAGCUGCUGAGUCAGGCCAGGGACUUCAUCAACCAGUACUAUGGCUCCAUCAAGAGGAGCGGCUCCCAGGCCCAUGAGCAGCGGCUUCAGGAGGUGGAAGCUGAGGUGGCAGCCACAGGCACUUACCAGCUUCGGGAGAGCGAGCUGGUGUUCGGGGCCAAGCAGGCCUGGCGCAACGCUUCCCGCUGUGUGGGCCGGAUCCAGUGGGGGAAGCUGCAGGUGUUCGAUGCCCGGGACUGCAGCUCUGCACAGGAGAUGUUCACCUACAUCUGUAACCACGUCAAGUACGCCACCAACCGGGGCAACCUCCGCUCAGCCAUCACAGUGUUCCCCCAGCGUGCCGCGGGCCGCGGAGACUUCCGAAUCUGGAACAGUCAACUGGUGCGCUACGCGGGCUACAGGCAGCAGGACGGCUCUGUGCGGGGGGACCCAGCCAAUGUGGAGAUCACUGAGCUCUGCAUCCAGCACGGCUGGACCCCGGGAAAUGGACGCUUUGACGUGCUGCCCCUGCUGCUCCAGGCCCCAGAUGAACCCCCGGAACUCUUCACUCUGCCCCCCGAGCUGGUCCUCGAGGUGCCUCUGGAGCAUCCCACGCUGGAGUGGUUCGCGGCCCUGGGCCUGCGCUGGUACGCGCUCCCGGCAGUGUCCAACAUGCUGCUGGAAAUCGGGGGCCUGGAGUUCCCGGCGGCCCCUUUCAGCGGCUGGUACAUGAGCACUGAGAUCGGCAUGCGGAACCUGUGUGACCCUCACCGCUACAACAUUCUGGAGGAUGUGGCCGUCUGCAUGGACCUGGAUACCCGGACGACCUCAUCGCUGUGGAAAGAUAAGGCAGCAGUGGAAAUCAACUUGGCUGUGCUGCACAGCUACCAGCUGGCCAAAGUGACCAUUGUGGACCACCACGCCGCCACAGCCUCCUUCAUGAAGCACCUAGAGAAUGAGCAGAAAGCAAGGGGCGGCUGCCCUGCCGACUGGGCCUGGAUUGUGCCCCCCAUCUCAGGCAGCCUCACCCCUGUCUUCCAUCAGGAGAUGGUCAACUAUGUCCUGUCCCCUGCCUUCCGCUACCAGCCAGACCCCUGGAAGGGGAGUGCAGCCAAGGGCACGGGCCUCACCAGGAAGAAGACCUUUAAGGAAGUGGCCAAUGCGGUCAAGAUCUCUGCCUCCCUCAUGGGCACCGUGAUGGCGAAGAGAGUGAAGGCGACAAUCCUGUAUGGCUCCGAGACCGGCCGGGCCCAGAGCUACGCACAGCAGCUAGGGAGGCUCUUCCGGAAGGCUUUUGACCCCCGGGUCCUGUGCAUGGAUGAGUAUGAUGUGGUGUCCCUUGAGCAUGAGACGCUGGUGCUGGUGGUGACCAGCACAUUUGGGAAUGGGGAUCCACCAGAGAAUGGAGAGAGUUUUGCUGCAGCCCUGAUGGAGAUGUCGGGCCCCUACAACAGCUCCCCUCGGCCAGAGCAGCACAAGAGUUACAAAAUCCGCUUCAACAGCCUCUCCUGUUCAGACCCACUGGUGUCUUCCUGGCGGCGGAAGAGAAAGGAAUCCAGUAACACAGACAGCGCAGGGGCACUGGGGACCCUCAGGUUCUGUGUGUUCGGGCUGGGCUCCCGGGCAUACCCCCACUUCUGCGCCUUUGCUCGUGCGGUGGACACACGGCUGGAAGAGCUAGGUGGGGAGCGGCUCCUGCAGCUGGGCCAGGGCGACGAGCUGUGCGGCCAGGAAGAGGCCUUCCGCGGCUGGGCCCAGGCCGCUUUCCAGGCCUCCUGUGAGACUUUCUGCGUGGGUGAGGACGCCAAGGCCGCCGCCCAGGACAUAUUCAGCCCCAAACGGAGCUGGAAGCGCCAGAGGUACCGGCUGAGCACCCAGACUGAGGGCCUCCAGCUGCUGCCAGGCCUGAUCCACGUGCACCGGCGGAAGAUGUUCCAGGCUACAGUCCUCUCAGUGGAAAACCUGCAAAGCAGCAAGUCCACCCGGGCCACAAUCCUGGUGCGCCUGGACGCUGGAGGCCAGGAGGGGCUUCAGUACCAGCCAGGGGACCACAUAGGCAUCUGCCCACCCAACCGGCCCGGCCUCGUGGAGGCGCUGCUGAGCCGUGUGGAGGACCCGCCGCCAGCAGGCGAGCCCGUGGCAGUGGAACAGCUGGAGAAGGGCAGCCCUGGUGGCCCUCCCCGCAGCUGGGUGCGGGACCCCCGGCUGCCCCCGUGCACGCUGCGCCAGGCUCUCACCUUCUUCCUGGACAUCACUUCCCCGCCCAGCCCUCAACUCCUUCGACUGCUCAGCACCCUGGCCGAAGAGCCCAGCGAACAACAGGAGCUUGAGACCCUCAGCCAGGACCCCCGGCGCUAUGAGGAGUGGAAGUGGUUCCGCUGCCCCACGCUGCUGGAGGUGCUGGAGCAGUUUCCAUCGGUGGCACUGCCGGCCCCCCUGCUCCUCACCCAGCUGCCCCUGCUCCAGCCCCGGUACUACUCCGUCAGCUCAGCCCCCAGCGCCCACCCCGGAGAAAUCCACCUCACAGUAGCCGUGCUGGCAUACAGGACCCAGGGUGAGGCUGCGGGGACAGGGCCAGGGCCACACAGUGAGCCCGGGAUGGGCCCCUCACUGACCCCUUCUCCUCCCCAAUCCCUAGAUGGGCUGGGCCCCCUGCACUACGGAGUCUGUUCCACAUGGCUGAGCCAACUCAAGGCCGGAGACCCUGUGCCCUGCUUCAUCAGGGGGGCACCCUCCUUCCGGCUGCCUCUGGAUCCCAGCUUACCCUGCAUCCUGGUGGGCCCCGGCACCGGGAUCGCCCCCUUCCGGGGAUUUUGGCAGGAGCGGCUACACGACAUUGAGAGCAAAGGGCUGCAGCCUGCCCCCAUGACCUUGGUGUUUGGCUGCCGAUGCUCCCAGCUCGACCACCUCUACCGCGACGAGGUGCAGGAUGCCCAGCAACGCGGGGUAUUUGGCCGCGUCCUCACCGCCUUCUCCCGAGAGCCCGACAGCCCUAAGACCUACGUGCAGGACAUCCUGCGGACGGAGCUGGCUGCUGAGGUGCACCGCGUGCUGUGCCUCGAAAGGGGGCACAUGUUUGUCUGCGGCGAUGUCACCAUGGCAACCAGCGUCCUGCAGACGGUGCAACGCAUCCUGGCCACGGAGGGCGACAUGGAGCUGGACGAGGCCGGCGACGUCAUCGGCGUGCUGCGGGAUCAGCAACGCUAUCAUGAGGACAUUUUCGGGCUCACGCUGCGCACCCAGGAGGUGACAAGCCGCAUACGCACCCAGAGCUUUUCCUUGCAGGAGCGGCAUCUGCAGGGUACAGUGCCCUGGUCGUUCGACCUGCCCGGCCAAGACACCUCCUGCCCCUGAGAGCCCUCCUGCUUUCUACCCCAGUCCCGGAGAGGGGUCGUCAGUCCACUCUGGCUCUGCCGCUCCCCUGUCGGCAUGACCAGGACCAGCCACCACCCCUUCUCUCCCCUCGUCUGUCCAGAGUCUGCCGAGACUCGCCUUAUUCCUGGGAAUGAGCGAAUGUCCCUUUCUCUCUCUAGGCCCCUUCCCUUACCCCCGUCUGACUAAAUCUGGAAGGCCCCUCCCAGCAGUGGUAUUCCAGGGCCCACUGUCACCCCUUUCGUGUUCUUUAGGUGAAUUUUAAAUCCCCUUACCUCUCUCAGGACUAUCUUAUCUUGACACCUAAUCUCUAAAUGAUUCAAAUAUUUAUUAUUGAAGAUUCACCAUGAGACUGGACCAGAUGCUAUGAGAGCUACUAAGAUGCCUAACCCAGCCCCUGUCGAUUAAAAUUAUAGA